AUGGGAACAGAGAAAAUGGAAUUGAAGAUGGCGUUAGCUGAGUGCGAAGACCAACUUAAAGCAUCAGGAGAUGGGUUGGAUGAAGAAGAGGUGAAAUUGGUGGAGCUGAAAACUCACUUAGAUUCAGCAAAUGAAGCAAAGAGAGCAGCUGAGAUAGAACUUGGGGCCACCAUCGGAAAGCUUAGAAUAUCAAGAGAAAGGUUAAAUGGAGCUGGGGUGAAUUUGGUGGAGUUGUGUACUCAGUUUGCUAUGGCAAAUGAAACAAAGAGCAUAGCGGAUGUAGAACUUAAGGCUACUAACAUAGAGAAAGAAGUGGCAGAGUCACGACUCACAGUUGUUGUAGAAGCUGGCUUAAGAGCAUUGCUUUCAAUAGUUGGUUCUCUGGAAAAAAAGGGUUCAAAGAGAGCGUACUUUUUCAGGGGAAACUGUUGCCAAAUGUUGAAAAUUGGAAAAUGA